AGCGUAGUAAAUCCUCGCGCAGUACGUCGCUCAAGUCCAUCGAAACGAGAUCGGGCAAGUCGGGCAAAGGAAAAGACGAAUAGCGAUCCGAACACGAACGAGAACAGACGUAAGUACAGAUCCGAGUCCCAGAAUCAUGAUGUCGACUGUCGAGACCGUUCCCACAGUCUUUCGAACCCGUGUUGAUCAGAAUCAUAUCAUAGUCAGUGAUGACCUCCCCAAUCGUCAAACUGCACAAUAUUGCGCUUCAUCAAUCCGCAGUCAGUGCGCACCGCUACUUCCCCACUAGCCCGACAAUAUGGCUGCUCCAGUCAUUCCCAGUAGCUUUCAGAUUUACAACUCGUACGUUGUAGAUCCCCAAUGGCAAAUUAACUUCACCAUAAUUUGGUGCUCUGGCUUGGCACUGGCUGUGGCUGUCUCUGUUCCGACUUUGAUUCUCGGUCUGAGACAUGGCAGGUCCCUCAAGGGAAUCACUGGAAUAUCAGAGACCAAUGGAUAUCAGUCCGCCCAUUCCGAUGGCAAGGAGCCGCCGCCUACCCGUCGAAGAGGUCGCAGGUUGAUUGGAGCUUGGAAUGCUCUUAUCUCACCAAUGUAUUGGUCUCCUCCGAAACUCGGGCUCAGUCUUGGACAAAUCAUAGUCGUAUCGGCAUACCUUGCAGCUGUACUUGUCUGCAUUAUAAAGGACGCCCCUCUCAUCUCGAAUCCGAACAGAGCUGGAUUUCUCGCUCUGGCACAGUUUCCAGUCGUCUUUUUGUUCGCAACAAAAAAUUCAAUUCUGUCCUUACUGUUAGGACCAGGGAAUGGCUACGAGAAACUCAAUUUUAUGCAUAGGAUGGCAGGAAGAGCUAUGUUCCUUGGCGGAUGUAUUCACGGGUCCCUGUGGAUUCGCAACCACCUGCAGUAUGGGCUCCCAAUUCUAGGUCCACAGAAAGAGACUUCGGGAGUAGCUUCGAUGGCCCUCCUCGGCAUCAUUGUCCUUACGUCGUUAAGGCCAGUAAGGAGGCUGUUUUAUGAAUGUUUUUUCGUCAUACACGUAUUAACAUAUGUGGCAUUUUUCGUUACCAUAUGCUACCAUACAUUGUAUGCAUCGCCGUGGAUAUUCCCUCCCCUUGCAUUUUACGGCGCAGAUGUUUUAUUGCGCCUGUUCCGGUAUCGAAUCAAAGAUGCCACGCUUACUGCUCACGACGCGCACAUGACUCUGAUCCGCGUUCAUAAUUGUGACGAUGGUUGGCUUGCUGGUCAGCACAUCAGACUGCGCGUUUUCUUCUCGAACAGGGUCUUUGAAUCCCAUGCCCUCACUAUUCUCUCGGCACCGCCUUCACAUUCGUGCCUCUCCUCACCCGGAUUACUUCUCGCUGCACGAAGCAACGGAGACUGGACGCGGGCACUGAAUAGCUAUACCAGAAAGGAACAAGAACGUUUACAAAUCAAUGAGAAGUCCGAGGGCGACUCUGGUGCUUUCGUUCAAGUCAUGCUGGAUGGUCCUUACGGCGGGUCGAGUGUCGACCUGGGUUUAUAUGAAAGCGUGUUUCUUAUAGCAGGAGGGUCUGGCAUCACAUUCACUAUUGGUCUGCUGGACGACAUCGUCGGUAGGUGUAUCAAACUAGGUCGCAGUCAGGGGGAACGAACAAGAAGAAUCGAAUUCACUUGGUGUAUUGGAUCUUUCGGUCAGAUAGAAUGGUUUGCUCCGAUGCUGAUAGAUAUUGCUACGGCAGCGUCUAAUAGCACGAUCGACCUGCACAUCUCUAUUUUCGUGACGUGCCUUUGCAAUCCAGAGGCGGUCCCUCACAUUCCCAACUCCAUCGUCACACUCUCGCGUCCGUCUGUUCAAGAUCUUCUCAAGGACUUCGUCAGUCUUUCGUCAUCGUCUGAGAAGGAAGGUUCGAUCGAAAUCUCGUGUGAUGAAAGCCAGACAUCGUUGCAUUCGGGUGGGGGAGUGGCUGUCUGCGCUAGCGGCCCAGAGAGCUUGACGAGAGAUGUGCAGAAUGCCGUCGCGGGAUUGGGUUUGACAAAUAAUAUGGAUGUGGGUGGGAUUGCUUUACACACAGAACAGUUUACUUUGUAAC